AUGCAGUCAGACAGAAUUUCUGACAUGGCCACUCCGAGCUCCAGGGACCUAGGUAGAGCCCUCUGCAUCGUCACAGGAGCUUCAAAGGGCUAUGGCCGAAGCCUGGCGCUGCAGAUAGCCCACUUGCUCCUGCCCAGAUCGGUGCUCCUGCUGGUAGCCCGCUCUGCGGACAUGUUGCAGGCGCUACAGGUAGACCUGGUCCCCAUUGUCGAGCAGGCUGGGCUGCUUGUUCGCUGUGUACCCACAGACCUGGGCCUCAAAGCAGGGAUUGAUACGACGGUGAGAGUGGCAAAAGAAUCGGCUGCAGCGGACACCGACCAUGUGUUGCUCAUUAAUAAUGCCGCCUCCCUUGGUGACGUGUCGCGCUUCGCCAUAAGCUUCUGUGAUCCGGCAGAGGUGGAUGCCUACCUGUCACUUAAUGUGAGCUCAGCGCUGAGCCUGACAGCUGGGGUGCUGCAGGCCUUCCCACAGCGUCCAGGCCUGCGACGCACUGUGGUUAACAUCAGCUCCUUGUGUGCGCUGGAGCCAUUCCCCUCCUGGGUGCUGUAUUGUGCAGGCAAAGCUGCUCGUAACAUGAUGUUCCGGGUGCUGGCCAAAGAGGAGCCUGAUGUCAGGGUACUGAACUAUAGCCCUGGCCCAAUGGACACUGACAUGCAGGCUCAGGCACAGUCCUGCUCAGCUGAUCCAGCCCUUAAGCAGUCCUUCUCCAUCAUGCACUCCCAGGGCAAGCUGCUAUCCUGCCAUGAAUCAGGGGCUAAGCUUAUUCGGUUGUUGCUGGAGGAUGAAUUCCCAUCUGGAGUCCACCUGGACUACUAUGACUUGUAG